AUGCCUGUUACUACUCCAGAGAUAAAGUGGAGAUCGGUUGAAAGACUGGGGGCGACCGUAGUGAUUGUGGGCGAUUCAUAUGACGAAGCACAAGCUUUCGCAAAAAGGAGGGCCGCACAUCUUAAAGAUGAGGGAACACAUUUGUUCCUCCCUUUUGAUCACCCUGAUGUAAUCGCAGGACAGGGAACAGUAGGCAUGGAAGUUGUGCGACAGAUGAAAGGACCCAUAGAGGCAAUAUUUGUACCUGUUGGUGGUGGUGGACUUAUAGCUGGCAUUGCUGCCUACGUGAAAAGGGUCUCUCCCGAAGUCAAAAUUAUUGGAGUUGAACCUUUUGAUGCCAAUGCAAUGGCAUUAUCGUUGCACCAUGGCCGGAGAGUAGUGUUGGAUCAUGUGGGAGGUUUUGCUGACGGUGUAGCAGUCAAGGCAGUCGGUGAGGAGAGUUUUCGUCUUUGCAAGGAACUGGUAGAUGGAAUAGUUCUUGUUAGCCUUGAUGCUAUUUGUGCAUCAAUAAAGGACAUGUUUGAGGAGAAAAUGAGUAUUUUAGAACCUGCAGGUGCCCUUUCCCUGGCUGGAGCUGAGGCUUAUUGCAAGUACUAUGGACUCAAGGGUGCUAAUGUAGUAGCUGUGACGAGUGGUGCUAACAUGACUUUUAAUAGACUCAGAUUGGUAACCGAGCUAGCAGAUGUCGGUAGACACCGUGAAGCUGUAUUGGCAACUUACAUGCCAGAGGAACCAGGAUGCUUUAACCGGUUCUGUGAGCUUGUCGGACUUAUGAAUAUCACUGAACUCAAAUACAGAUUCAAUCCAGAUAAAGAAAAGGCUCUAGUACUAUACAGUGUUGGUCAUCACACCGAAGCAGAACUUGGUGCAAUGGUGGAAAGACUAAAAUCGUCGCAACUACAUACUAUUAAUCUCACAAAGAAUGACUUGGUGAAAGAUCAUUUGCGACAUCUGAUGGGCGGCCGAUCAAAUGUCAGCUUUGUUUUCCCUGAGAGGCCAGGAGCCAUAGUGAAGUUCUUAGACGCUUUUAGUCCACGUUGGAAUAUUAGUCUCUUCCAUUACCGCGGACAGGGUGGGGAAACUGGUGCUAAUGUGUUGGUUGGCAUCCAAGUCUCUGAUGCUGAGAUGGGAGAGUUUCGGGAGUGUGCACAUAGUCUUGGUUACGAGUAUGAAACGGAAACUGAAAACGAAGCUUUCCAGCUUCUGAUGCGGUGA